AUGGGAGCAAUCAAUGGCAACGUAAAUGCUUCUGAAAAGGCAUGGGCCCGUCAGCACCCAGAGCCAAAGUUGCUGGAAGAAGCAGGAGAAUUCAAGAUUAAAGACGAAAAUGGCAAAGACAUCCCUCUUCAGUCCCUCUACACCGACAAGGACCCCAACGAGCGCCAGCUGGUAAUCUUCAUCCGCCACUUCCUCUGCGGCAGCUGCGAAGAAUACGUCCGCGCUCUGGGCAAAGACCUCCCACCGUCCACUCUGUCCUCCGCACGCGUCACCCUGACUCUCAUCGGCUGCGGCGAUCCCAAAUGUAUUCCCGACUACAAGAAACGCACCAACUGUCCCUGCGAGAUCUACGCAGACCCGUCCCGGCAGAUAUAUCAGAAGCUCGGCAUGGUCUCGAAUCUGAGGAAGAGUGCUCAGAAGCCGCAGUAUCUUACCAAGGGAUUCGGAUCGAUCAUCUUCAGCUCGUUCGUUAAUGCUCUUAAAUCCCCCUCCGAUGCUCUUGGUGCAGGGCCACCAAGUCAAAAUGGCGGCGAAUGGCUUUUCAAGGCUGGCAGUUUGCAGUGGUGCCACAGAAUGGAAGAUACCACCGGGCAUGCGGACACUUCCGAAUUGAAAGAAGUGCUAGGCAUCGAAUGA